CGGAAGCAGCGAGCUGCCUGCUUUGUUUUGUUUUGGUAGUGGGAGUUGAUGAGAAGCAGACAGACGAGCAGGCGGCGGCGGCAGGCACGGGAGAGAGCCGCUCUCUAAAUGGGGAGAGCUAAAUCGGGAAUGGAAAAUGACGGCCCGAUAGCUGACGCCUGUAAAAUGCCGAGUUUCAUCAGCGGCUUCGAGGAAGGGAGGGUGAAAUUGUCCCGCAACCUGCCGACACAAACUUCCUUCACGGACGGUAAAGUUGAGCGGACGCUCGGAGAUUUGAACCGACGUGUCACCAGGUCAGACUCCCGGCUAUCGCUGGACGAAAGCGACAGGGACCCGGGAGAGAAGGAUGCGGAGGGCAACAACAACAACAACUGCAACGGCGGAGGGGGAGCGAGGAGAAGGGCGAGUGCUGUCGAGAUCCUCAGGAAGAAUUUCGGGGAUUCAAAGUCUCCCCCUUUCAGUCUAAACGGAGGCAGUCGGAUGCACUGCGGAGCGGAGCAUGAAAACCCCGAAGGAAGCGUUAAUGAUACUCAAGAUUAUGGACCUGAUUGUGGCGGGUCUACAAAGUCGGACGGAGAAACGGGCGAAGCGGUGGUUGAAAACAAGCCAACCUCGAGCGAGUUGCCGAGUUCGGAUGUUCGGGGAGUUGAAUUUUUAACCAUUACAGGUCAGUGCCAUCAUACGAGUGACAACAGUAGCAGCACGGCCACUUUGGAGGAGCCUGUUAGUGCCAAAGAGCACGUCUACUGCACUGUUUACUGCAUCGCCAACGACAGCCGCGGAAAAGACGCUGAAAUCACGGACCGCUCCGAUGAAACGGUCACACCAAAUGCAUCGGAAAGGGACUUGGAGACUGGACGGGACGCGGGGUCGAGUCCCGAACCGCCACCGUACACAUUGGACGACCUGGUGGAUCCUUUCGGGGACAUGUCCCACCGGCUGUACGCGGAGCAGGCCGGCGCAGAGCUUGCGAUACAGAGCUGCCGGGUGUGCAUGGAAGAGAAAACCAUCGUACCCAUGCACUGCUGCAGGAAGGCCGUGUGUGACGAGUGUCUGAAACUCUACGUCAGCUCCCAGGUGCAGGUGGGUAAAGUUUUCAUCAGCUGUCCAAUCACAGAGUGUAGUGGCAACCUGGAGGAAGGACUGGUGAUUUCCCAUUUGACCAAAGAAGAGGUGGCAAAAUAUCGUUACUUUUUGGAGCUGAGUCAGCUGGAUUCGAGCACAAAGCCCUGCCCCCAGUGCAAUCAGUUCACUUCUCUGAAGACGCACACCCCCAGCCGCUCUGAGCACAAAUACAAAAUACAGUGUAGCAAUUGCCAAUUUGUGUGGUGCUUUAAAUGCCACGCGCCCUGGCACGACGGGCUCAAAUGCCGCGAUUACAGGAAAGGAGACAAGCUGCUACGUACCUGGGCGAGCGUCAUUGAGCACGGACAGAGAAAUGCCCAGAAAUGCCCCAAGUGCAAGAUUCAUAUUCAGCGUACAGAGGGAUGCGAUCAUAUGACCUGUGCGCAGUGCAACACUAACUUCUGUUACCGCUGUGGUGAGCGCUACCGACACCUGAGAUUUUUUGGGGACCACACAUCCAACCUCAGUGUGUUUGGCUGCAAGUAUCGCUAUCUCCCUGAUAAACCUCAUCUGAGACGGCUAAUUAGAGGGUCUGUCUGUGCCUCUAAGGUGCUGAUAGCUCCUGUCGUCAUUCUGCUGGUCGUGGUGAUCGGAGCUCUCGCGCUGGUGAUAGGAUUGUUUUUUUUCCCGAUCUACUAUGUGUGUAAGAAGAGGAAGAAGCAGCAGCGCACUAUAGGCUCAGAACGAUGGAUCUGAAGCUCGCCCUUCUCUCCGUGCAGACCUCGCACUCACACAUGGCUUGAAAAGACAACGCCUGCAUCUCCUCAGGGACAGACACGCCAGCCUGACUCAUCACAAAACUCUUUGAGAUGAACACCACAAAGUAAACACUGGCAUUUAGCAAGGACCUCAGGUGGAAUGAUGUAUGUAAAUCUAUGAAGUGAGGCCUACAUAACUGCCCAUCUUUACAUAUGGAUUAUUUAUCUCACAUGGGACUACUGCAAAAAUGAAUGCUGGAUAUUUACACAGAAGAGUUAAAAAAAAAAAAACAACCCAAAUUUCAAUUCUGAAGCAGCCGCUGUCUUGUGCAGUGCUCGUCAUGUAGGGGAUAUUCAAUGUAGGAAUUUUUGAGGACACACUGCAGGAAGUUUCAUCAGUGAUUUCCACGAAUGUCACACUUUUUUUUUUUUUUUUGUUGCUGUUGUUAAGGAGAGCAAAUGUAAACCCAGGUAAAACAGAUGCAGUUUGGUCUUUUCUACCUGUGGUUGGUUUGAUGUUGAGAUGUAGGAAUACUGUGGACCGGAGGCUUUGAGAGUGUCGGAUACUGGUGAUUAUGAAGGCGCCAGAAAUGCCAGCUGCACGGUGAUACUGGAGCCUCACAGACGAAUAAGAAGGAAAUACGUUUUUACUCAUUUGCAAGUAUUGUUUGUGCUGCAGUUGGCAGGGAAAAAGGUGGGAGAUGGAAACCAAGCCAUGACGGAGAAAUGAGUUCUCGGUGGUGCAACACAAGCUGCACGUUGACUUUUCCCAGCUUUGGUUUGAUAUUUGAAAAAAAUUUCCAUUGCAAUUUGAGUCUCUGACAAACCCACACUGUGGACAAUAAUGUGAAAGGAAGGAUGAUAUUUGACUAUUCUUGGCUAACCUGGAUAACAGUGACUUUGUCUGAUCUCAGAUUCUUGCUAGAAGGUUUGAAAAUUGGGUGUGUACCUAACCUUAAGAGUGACGCCUGAAGUUAAAGACCACACACACACACACACAGACAUAGAAAAAAGUGAAACUUUGGAAGCACCAUUGGAAUUAUAACAAGCCUCCAUUGUUUUCUGUUGUGGUUUUCCAUCAAGCCCUCCUCCUGUCUGCCCCUGUCUCCCUUGCUGUCUUUUUGUCCCUCCUCUCUUGUUGUCUGUGUGUGUGUGUGUGUGUGUGUGUGUGUGUGUGUGUGUGUGUGUGUGUGUGUGUGUGUGUGUGUGUCUGAGCUGAUGGUGGUUUACACUCACCCUCCCUGCAUGGCAUGUUGUCUCCAGUGCGCCUACAUGCUGUAUGCCAGUAUCUGCAUCAUCCAAAAAAAAAAAAGGAGCUGCUGUGCCAAAACAAAGUGCUGAAUGCGGUGGGAUAGAUGGUUGACCCUGUCCCUUGGUUUGUUUGUUUGUUUUUAUUGUUCUUUUAGAGGUGGACUUUUGCAGGGGUUUGGAUGAUGUAUAAUGGAGUGUGUGCAAGCUGUAGAAGUAUACAUUAGAUAGCUGAAAACUGCUCAGAAGUGCAGGAAUUGACUGAAAACACUACAAUGACAUAGAGAAUAGAAUGUAGUCUGGGCAGUGGUUUACCAAAGAGCUAAACAGGGUGUUAUUGAUUUUAAGGUUCAUCCAGUUUAUUUGGAUGUCAGCUGUAUGUGGAUCAGUUUUUCAAGGUUUUUCUUCUUCUUUUUUUUAAACUGUCUGCCUGCUUGACAGUUUGGAAAGUGACAGCGGUUUUUGAUGCAAACCUCUGAAUUCAUUCACACUGGCACACGAGAAAGAGCGCUUUUCAAGAGCUUUAAAGGUCGCCACCUGGCAGCAGUCAGCCGGCUGCUCUCCACUUAUCCUUCUAUCCUCUCCUCUGUCACUCUUUUUGUUUUGUUUUGGGUUUUUUUUAUACAUUUUAUGCCUCAUGAUUGCCCUUUAACAUCUUUUGUCCAUGCCGUUGCCCUCUGAGGUGUGACUGGACUCUGACCUCAGCUGUGAGUGGAUGUGGAGAGGUGGAUGAUUACAGUACACAAAGCUCAAUUGCAGCAGCGGCAGCAGCCACAGAAAAAAACAUCCAGACGGGCUGCUUUUUUUGUCCUCCACCCCACACACCCACACACACACUUCUGAUAUGCGAAAAUAAUACACAGCUGCCCAAUAGUGCAUGGUGGAAGGCCAAGUGAAAGAGGUUUCCAAAUCAGAUGUUUUGCAGAGUGUGUGUUUUUUAAAGGAGACAUUAAAGAAAAAUAGAGGAGUGCAUUCCAGCUGCACAUAGGAGAUGAUAUGGUAGAGUGAGCAAAUAUGUGGAAGGGUAAGUGAUGAGAGGUUGAGGUGAAAUGUCUCCACCUGAACUAAACGCCCUGGGUGAAGGCAGAAAGUUUGUGGAUAUGUUACAGCACAUUUCAUCACUGAGGCAGAUGUUGGACGGUUUGCAGUGCAAUGCCAUUAGCUUGGCUUCAUCCCAGGGACCUGAUACAUUUUCUACAUCUGGGACUUAAGGAAUACAGCAUGUUCGACUAUAGUUGUAUUAAACACACACAGCUUCAGAAAGUUGAUUGUUACACACCGAGUUGAACAGGUCACCGCAGCAGGUCACUACUCUGGGUUUGAAUCCACUCUCAGGGAGUUUGCUUUGUCUUCACUGUAACCCAGAACCUCCCACCUACCUGAGCUGUGCCACAGAUAUCCUCAACUGCACUGUAGAGUCGCAACUCUUCCUGAUACCUGGAGCUGCGCUAGAAACCCUUAUUUAAUUCCAGGAAGUAAAAAUCACUGUAGUGUCAAAGAAGAUCAAACUGUCUGAGUGCAGCCGGCACCGCCUGCGUUUCCCUGCUGGACUCAGCUGUGCUGUGAAUGCUGCGCCGUGGUCACGGGUUAAACCUCAACAUAAACUAUGUAUUAGUCAGCAGCAGAGAAGUGGAUGUGUAAUGAAUGGGCCAAAUAGAAUCACUGAAACCUUUUAACAUUCGUUCACGUGCUUCUCAUGCAGACAUGUUUUAGCUACUCUGGUGUGUUAAAUUGCUGCAUUAUUUUUUUUUCCUGCUUGACACAUGCUCGGCAGUGCAUAUGAUGUUUAUGUCCUGUAUACUUUUUCCACGGCAUUUUACUAAAGAAGUUAUUGCCAAUGAAAGAUGGCAAAUUUGAAACAAAGUAAAAAUAUAGACGUCUUAUGGGACGGUGCUUUUUUGAGUCACGUUAGGUUUUUGCCCUUUUAUAUACGUGUGUUGCAUAACUGCCCAGCACUAAUGCCAAAUAGAAAUCCCAUCUUUGUUGUUAUUGCUGUUGUAUUACCAUAGCAAGCAGCUGUUUGGUUGAAGUUGUAACCAGAAGCUGUCCCAUGUAUUUAUUUAGUGACAUUAGAGUUGAUUCGGCCCGUGAAUUUUCCCCUUGGUGGGAAGUAUCGGCUGGCUGAUACCCCUGGCCUUUCUGUUUUUAUGACAUUCCCAGAUGUAUCGGCAUAAAUAUGCAAUGGUGCCUUCACAGCAACAAUAGAUCAGAUUACCCAACAUGUUAUUCAGGGUCCCUGCAAAUAUUACAGAUGAGGGUACAGUCUGUCACAGCCUGCUGUUGUAUGUGUUAUUUAUUAGAACAACUAAUAAAGCAGUAUAAUAGGCUUUGUCUUGUAAUAUAAAUUUGUCUGGAACUACUGUUGAGUAUCUAUGGAUGUCUAGCCCAUACCACACGCAGAAAAUAUGCAGAUGUGUUUUCCUGCUGAAACUGAAGCUUCAGAUUAAACUAAACUUCUGAAAUGUUUUAAGUGCCACAAUCCAGUAGGUCUCGCUACAUCCCAAAUACUCCUGUACUUUUGCAUAAGCUACACUGUCACCAUAUUCCGGCUCGCUCUUUUUGGAUUCAUUCGAGGAAUCUUAAUUCGAGGACGCUCAUUAGACAGACAUCAUAAGGCUGACACAGGACUGAGCCUGUCUCCAUGAAAGAGGUGAUUGUGCCAAAACUGUGUGUCAUUUUUCAGCCAUUUCAAUGUAAGUUUGACUCAGGACACGCGAAUACUGAUGUUGCAGUAUGCGGUGUACUAUCAGUAACAUCAGGUUGGGUUUUCCCUAUCUAGACAUGCAAAAUGUUGGAAUGACAACAGCAGCAGCUUUAUGUGCAUACGCGGAUAUUUCUAUUCAAGGAAAUGUCAGACACGCUUGAUACGUAUGCUUCUUGUUUUCACAGAGAGUACAUUCUUCCACCUGCUGCCACUGUCAGAAAUAUCUGCUGAUAAUAUUAUUGCUGCUCACCAAGCCAGGCACAAACACUGUUUUCUCCUGAGGAUUUGCUUUGUUAAUGGAGAAUAAAGUAAAGUAAGUCAAAUGCCAAAAUGUGCCUGUUUGCGUGAAUUUUUUUUUUUUAUAUUAAUACACCACAGAAAUAGUCUGCCUCUUCAUUCAUGGAUAAUGUGGAUGUUUGAAUUAAGUACUGCUUCCUGAGGUCAGUUUGACUGUGUGUUCAAAUGGCUGCAGAUCAGCCUGUGUUCUGACCUGUAAGCACAGUUGUGACUGCAGUUUUAUGUCAGUAGGGGUCAUAAGUGCACCAGAGGAAGCAAAGCCACCAUAACCAUGGACAGUCUCAGGCCAAACAAGGCAGAUAAUAAAACACCGGUAUAAUGAAUGCUGAAAGGAAUACAUGGCACAAAAGGUUACAUGGAGGAAAACAUGUUAAUAUGAAAAUUAUUUAUUAAAAACUUACAAAUAAGUGUUGAACUGAACUGUCAGUAGUUGUACCAGUAGGAGCAGUACACAUACACCGGUACAAGACAGACAAUGCAGAGGCAGAGUUGUAGUAGCCUAUAAACACGAACAAGUACAGUUUUCAAGUACUUUGCUUGAGUAUAUGUACUAUAUUUUGUGUCCUUGUAAGCUCACUACAUCUAAGAUGGCCAUACCACGUUUAACCUCCUAAAACCCUACAUCCA